AUACACACAUACACACGUACAUUACGCGUUGCAAAACUUCAAGAUGUCCAGGAUGGCGUAUUACGACUCACCUGUUGUAACCAGAACCAGAAGUGUUACACCUCUAACACCGGAAAUGUCCAAAAUUCUUCCUUAUGUCUCCAAUAGAACAGUGUCCAGACAUUUUAGCAGUAAUGGCCGCUCUAUAGAUGUGGGACAUGCCAAAAACUAUUUUAACCCAGCCAGUAAAACGGUGUAUAGUCGAUAUUCUACUAAUGACUGGGGAGUCUCCAAUAAUAUGAAUUUUGGUUUGUCGGAUCGUGAACGAUCUCACGCGGAACGUCUGAGAGCAGAUGCCUGGAGAGCCGUGAAGGAGACGGAUGCCAGGACCAGAAAUCGUCAAAAUGAAGUCACAAGAAGACUGGGUGAACGAGUUUGUGAUAUAGCACACUGGAAGAGUGAAAUAAAUAACGAAAUAAACGCCAUGCAGCACGAGACCGAAAAUCUUAAGGAGUAUCGUCGAAUGUUAGAGAAGGCUUACAAUGAUACAACAAGUCCUCUACAUAUAGCAGAAGAAUGUUUAUUACACAGAGAGAAGAGAAAUGGUAUCGACCUGGUUAACGAUGAUGUGGAAAAAUCACUUAGUAAGGAAGUAACCAUUAUUAAACGAUGCCAAGGUCGUAUGAAGAAAAUGUUGGAAAAGGCUUAUGUACAACUGAAGAUGAAUCGCGCGGCCCAACAUAAUCUAGAAAUAGAUUCCAAAGAUAAACACCACGCCCAGGGUCUAGAUGAUAGAAUGCAGCAGUUAAGGAAUUCGUCAGCUGGUAUUGGUUAUUAUCCUGGUAUAGAGAAUGUUGAUAAUACGAUCACAAUUCCCUAUUCGUGGGCCAGAUACUCUGAAGAGAACAUCAUGAGGUCUCAGAAAGAGAGAGCGGCGUCUGAAAGACUUAGAGGUGAAAUAGACGGCUGUUUACGAGCAUGCGCAAGCGAGAUGUGGAAUAUAUUUAAUGGUGUAAAUAAUGCUUUUAACACGAGAGUGCGCGAGACUACAGAUGCCAGAAAUAAACUACAGGCGCAUCUGCAAAGAACAAUGCAAGAAAUAUUUGACAUGGAAAGAAACAUUAACCUACUACGUAAAGCUAUACAAGACAAAGAGAACCCAAUGAAAGUCGCCCAAACUCGUCUUGAUGAAAGAACCAGAAGAAUUAAUGUUGAAAUUUGUCACGAUCCUGUCAUGAAAUCUUUGACACGUGAGGUGAAUGAAAUCCGGGAAUCGGUGAGAAUAUUGAAAGAGAAACUCAAGUCGUGUGAACUGAGUUUAGCCAGGCUUGUAAAAACUAAAGCCACUUUAGAUCACGAUAUUGGCGUCAAGGAAAAUUCCAUUCGUAUCGAUAGCCAAUACUGUUUAGGCAUGCGUAAAGGAUUCCCAAUGGACCCUAAAGUCGGUCCAAUAUUCCAAAUGCCUACAUGUUAACUUGUUUAAUUUAUUUUUUAUUUUCUUUGAUUUUAUGAAAUAUUCUUUGUUUUAUUUUUCUUAGCUUUCUUUUAUAUUUAAAAAAGCUUUUUUCUGUGAUACAUUUCCAUGUUUGGUUAACACCCUAAAUCCAGUGUGAAAGAAGGGGGCGCAACUAUUUUUUAAACGAUUAUAUUCCUAUGUAAAAUUGUGUAUUUAUUUAUUAAUAAUGACGUCAUUGUAUUAAUCAUAUUAAACAUACAUUAUGCAAGAGCAAAAUCUGCUUAUUACAAGUCGUUCUCUAGGCCUGAAAUGUUAUCUAAAUUAUCAAUUAGACAUUAAUUAACUUUUCCAGACCAUAAUAAACUCUCGAUGUCAAGGCUAGCCUUCGAUGUUGGCUGGAUUAGAUUCCUAUAUGCCGCUUAACGGCCAUUGAUAAUUAAAUAAAAACAGUGGAUAAUCGAGACUAUGCUGUUUAUAUUAAUGAUUUUAGUAAUGAUGACCGAGACUAUGCGAAAAUUUCACCCGCUUCGUUCUCGGCUCACAGUGGAUCAAUUAGACUGACAUUUUCAGCAAAUUACCUUUACACUAUCUAGUUUUUAACUAUUAUAACGAGAACUGGCAUCUCUUUAUCUUAUCUCCCAUAAUGUAUCUUUAAUGUGAAUAAUUACUGUAAAUAAUUUGCUUGGAUCGCGAUAAUUUUGUUAAUUGGCUUUCUUUUGAAAAUCCGAAAUUUCCCGAUUUGUUAAUAAAAGGGGGAGGUAACUCAUUAUGUAGUUUGAAAGCUUUUCAUUUCUAAUCUGGACUGCACUAUGUCAGCUUGAUUCGAAUGUAGUUUGAAAGUUUUUCAUCUAUAAACUGGACCGCAAUAUAUCAGCAUGAAGAAAUAGGACAAUUUCCCUUUCUGUUACAUAAUUUCGAAUAUUUGAAAUUGUCAUGGUUUGUCAUGCAUUUAAGAUACUACAGAGUUAUCUGUGAUAACAAUCCAGUUUUAAUGUGCUCUGUGUAGUUGCGUGUGCCGCAAUUUUAUAUUAUAUAAUUAUAUGUGUUUUUGUGUCAUUUUAAAACACCAAUAAUUAUGUGCAUGUUUUUUUUUGUAAUUUUCGAUUUGUGUUUUUUGUGUAAUUUUAAAACACCGAUAAUUCAGUGUGUUUUUGUCU